AUGCCGAAGUACUGCUGCGUGUUUAGUUGCAAUGCUGACUAUGAAAUUAAUCCCAACUUGUCUUUCCACGGAUUUCCAACGGACACGAAGCGAUCAAAAGCUUGGGAAAUGAGAAUUUGUCGUGCUGAUUAUACACCAUCAAGAUCGUCUUACGUCUGCAGCAGGCAUUUUGAGCUCGCAGAUUUUUCGCAAAUUAGAAAUUAUACUCCUGUCGAAUUUCGCAAGCAAAGGCUCAAAAGAAGUGCAGUUCCAAGUUUGAAUUUGAGGGGAGCUGAAUGUGAUGAGCGUGAGCCGAAGCGGCAGUCAAAAGUGUCACAGAAAGCUAGGAGUGACAUCACAGAUAACAUAGAAGACAUCACCAUGCAAAAUACUGCACUCAUCCAGGGUUUUAAUUCAACUCCCAUCGCUAGUUGUAGUGCAACUAGUAGCAGCUCGAAUACAUCAGAAUCUGAGCAAGUCAUCACUCGACUCAGGUAUGAUUUGAACCAAGCUUUGGUUCGGAUUGAGGAGCUUGAAGGAAAAGUUUUCAAGUACGAAAAUUUGUCUUCCGAGGACAUUCUGAACUAUACCAGUUUGAAUAAAGAUGCCUUUGAGGUCUUAUUGUGCUUGUUGAAUCGCUUCAAGCCGUUUAAUUACUGGUAUGGAUUUGAAGUCAAGUCAGUUAAUAGCAAAAACCAGCUUUUGAUUUCAUUAAUGAAACUCAAAAUGGACAUACCUUUCUUUGAUUUAGCAACAAGAUUUGGAGUCAGCAGAACUACAGUUACAAACAUUUUUCUAACGUACCUCCACCUUAUGCAUGAGACUUUGUUUAAAGGAGCAAUGCGAACUAUACCAUCCCUAACAAAGAACAAAUCAAGUAUGCCAGAGUCUUUUGGUGACUUUUCCAACUGCCGGAUCAUUAUUGACUGUACAGAAUUCCGUCUGUCAACACCUAGGAGGGACCUUGAUGCUGCUAACCUUUCUUACAGCAAUUAUAAACACAAUUUGACAGGAAAAUUUUUGAUUGGUGUUGCUCCUAAUGGUGCAAUUACAUUUGUUAGUGAGGGGUAUCCAGGCAGUACCAGUGACAAAGUUGUUACCCAAGAAUCAAAAGUGCUAGGUCAUUCGAAAGCUGGUGAUCUCAUUUUAGCUGAUAAAGGUUUUCUCAUUCAUGAUUGA